AUGAAGUCAAAAAGGGAGGAGGAGUCGCCUCCAGAACUACAGGAGCUCCUCCAGAAACCGAACAGCCUGCCGCUAAUAGCGGACCGCAGGAAACACGGAACAACCAUCCUAGCUUUUUUGCGAGUCUCUGCCCUGGAACUGGAAUGGUUCUCUUCAUACCUUAAGGGGCGCAAGCAAGCUGUUCGUGCCAAAGACGUCUUGUCUAAUUGCUCUCAUCAUUUGUAUGCUGACGAUCUACAGAUUUAUGCGCAAGCAAAAUUUGACUCCUUGGAUGAUGCGAUAUGUAACCUCAAUGAUGAUUUGCGACGUAUUGCUGACUGGUCGAGGAAGUUUGGCAUCAGUGUCAAUCCAAGCAAGUGUCAAGGCAUGUUCGUGGGUAGUCCCUAUGCUUUGUCUAGGUUUGGCCGCAAACGUGUGCUAAUGAGCAUGAUGGCAGCGCAGAGUAUUCUCGCCUUGCUCUCUUUACUCAUCCGUUCCUACACGCAGUACGUGAUCGUGCGGUUCGUUAUGGGCUUCGUGUCCGUAUCGGUGGUUUACGCCGCGUUCGUAUUGUCCGUGGAACUUGUUGGUGGAAAAUGGGUGACUAUUGCUGGCGUCUGCAACUUCUUCCCACUGCCCCUCGCGUACUUUAUCGUAUCCAUACUUUCCUUGUACUUGCCUAAAUGGAGGGAACUUCAAAUGACAUUAUCGUUUCCUGGAUGUUUGCUGCUUCUUUUAUGGUUCGUUUUUCCGGAAUCCCCGAGAUGGCUUCUUAGUGUGGGAAGAGUCAAGGAAGCAAAAGAAGUCUUGCAAAAAGCAGCUAAAUUUAACAAGAGAGAACUCCCUGUUGAUUUGGACAAAAUGAUUUUACUUAACAAAUCUGAGCAUUCCGGCAAAGAACCCAGUGUCUUGUUGCUUUUUAAGGGCUAUAUACUCAAAAGAACAAUUUUUCUGUUCACCGCUUGGUUUACAUUGACGAUUGCCUAUUAUGGACUCUUAUUAAACAUAGGCAAGCUGGAGUUGGGGCAUCUUCAUACUAGUUCAAUAAUUCUCGCUAUAGUAGAGGUUCCAGCUAUAGCAGUGAGCAUACCAGUUCUACUAAAAGCAGGAAGAAGGAUUCCUAUUUUCAUCAGUUUUCUAGUUUGUGGAGUGGCUUGUAUAGCGUUCGAAUUGUUCUCAAUGUCGUUAAAGAGCAAGUGGUAUCUGAUUGCCUGUUUGAUGCUGGGCAAGUUCGCAAUUGGAUCAACCAAUAUGAUGCUACCCAUCUUUACAGCAGAACUCUACCCGACGUUUAUAAGAAACUUAGGAGUCGGCGCCAGUCAAUGUGCAGCAGGAUUAGCGUUGAUUUGCAUACCACAUCUUUGGGAAUUAAAAACACUGAACGAGCAUCUGCCCUUAGUGACGAUAGCGGUUUUGAGCGCCAUUGGUGGCACCAUUGUCCUGCUACUUCCAGAAACUGCAACGACAAAUAAUCACUCACCUCCAUCCGUUGCUGGUAAUAAGAAGCCUUCUUUCGAUUGCGCGUCACCGUGCAAUGGAACGUUUACGGUCACCGACGACAGAGGGCAUUAGUGAUCGUAAAAUUGUAAAUAUUGGAACAGAAACUAAGUUACCAUUCCAAGUGUACAAUAUUCAUACCUAGGAAUUAGUGAGAUUACUUUCGAAUUUAAUAACUAACUAUGUGAUAAAUACGGACACUUUAAAAGUGAAAAGAGAUGGAAAUUUAAAUCCAUUUUCCGUCUACGGCGAAGUCAAGAAGAUUCAAAAUGGAAUAUUAGCGAAAGUGAUAAUUUAAAUUUAGGAACACGUUAACGUAACUGUCGUUUAAACGCGUGAUGUACAAUUCUGUAAUAAUAAUUAAAUUAAAUACGAAUGAGUGUGUUUCGUCGUACAUACUUUUUUAUUAAAACUUUGCAAAUAGGAAAUUAGUUACUUUGAAAACGUAAUUCAUUAUAAUCUUCAUAAUAAGCUCAUAAUCUUCAUAAUAAGCCUAGAUGCAUAAUUUAUGUACAAGCCACAGACGAGUAGCUCAUCUGUGGCACAAGGGUCCUUUUGGAUUUAUCCACCUAUCCUAUUUCCAUAGAUAUCAUAAAGUCGCGAUCAGAAUUUUUGGGAUAUAAUUAAAUGUAAUUUAAAUAUUUCUCCAAAACACUCAAGGUAAAUAAUUCAUAAAACUAUGUACAUAAUAAGUAAGAUUACAUUUACUUACAUACAUUUGCUCAUUCAAAUAUAUUACGUAAAAGUAUUCUUAUGUAUUAUUUUCAUUGUAGUAAAACUGGAAUGGCGAAAGACAAAAAUUAAAAAUGACUCCAAUCUUAAAGAAGU